AUGUCUUUAUUUCUCAGUAACUUAUCAACAAAUGACUGUAACCUGUGGAAAGAAAAUCACAAUUCUACGGACCUUUCAAAUCCACCAGCAACUCUGAAUGUCUAUCUAUUUUGCCUGACAUGUUUAAUGACUUUUGCAGCCCUGGCGGGCAGCAUUUAUUCACUAGCUUCCCUUCUGAAAAUGCAGAACAGAACAGUUGUGUCCAUGCUGGUGGCUUCCUGGUCUGUGGAUGAUCUUAUGAGCGUCCUGUCGGUGACCAUCUUCAUGUUUUUGCAGUGGCCAAACGACUUCCCCGGCUACUUCCAGUCUCUGUGCUCCACCUCUGCCUUACUGUAUCUAUGCCAGGGCCUCUCGAGCAACUUGAAGGCGACUCUCCUAGUCUCCUACAACUUCUACACGAUGCACAGGGCUGCGGGGAGCCAGGCAGCCUGCAGAAGCCCGGGCCAGGUGCUCGGCGUGGCGCUGAGCGUCUGGGCAGCCAGCCUGCUGCUGUCGGCGCCCCCGCUGUGCGGCUGGGGCGGCUUCGUGCGCACGGCCUGGGGCUGCCUGGUGGACCGCUCCAGCUCCUACGUGCUGCUGCUCUUCUCCGUGUACGCUUCGGCCUUCGGACUCCUCGCCGGCCUCUCGGUCCCGCUCAUUCACCGGUUGCUGUGUUCGGAGGAGCCGCCGAGACUCCACGCCAACUACCAGGAAAUCUCCCGUGGAGCCUCCACUCCCGGGUCCCCUCCCACGGGGGGGAGAGUGCUCUCCCCGUCCCCGGAAGAUGCUCCGGGCCCGGCCCUGCGGUGCUCUGGGGGCUGCACCCCGAGCUCGGACGCUGCGUUUGGACCGAGUCGACCCGUUUCCGCUGGGGCUGGAGCCUGCGGGCGUGGAAACCGGGGCACUCUUUAUGGCACCAGGAGAUUCGCCGUGAGCGUAGCGCAGAAGCGCUUCUCUUUGAUCCUAGCGCUGACCAAAGUCACCCUUUGGCUGCCCAUGAUGGUCCACAUGGUGGUCCAGCACCUAGUGGAGUUUCAGAGCCUUCCUUUGGAAACACUCAGCUUUCUACUCACCCUGCUGGCCACCACUGUAACCCCAGUGUUUCUCUUGUCUAAGCGCUGGACCCACCUGCCUUGUGGCUGCAUCAUCAACUGCGGGCAAGACUCACACGCAGUGGCGUCCGAUGGGAAGAAAACCAAGAGGAAAGGCUUUGAAUUCAAUCUAUCAUUCCAACAAAGUUAUGGAAUUUAUAAAAUAGCACAUGAAGAUUACUAUGAUGAUGAUGAUGAAAAUUCCAUAUCCUAUCACAACCUGAUGAACUAUGAGUGUGAAACUACAAAAGACUCUCAGAUAGACAGCCGAAAUAUCUUCAAUGCCAUAAAAGUAGAAAUCAGCACCACACCCUGUCUGGACAGCUCCAGACUAAAGGGCAUCAACAAAUGCACGAAUACUGAUAUUACAGAGGCUAAACAGGAUGCCGACAAAGAAAAGGAUGUGUUUUCUAACAACACAGGAGAUGACAUUAAUUAUGAAGAAACCACCUUUUUUGAAGGGCCAGAAAGAAGACUAUCUCAUGAGGAGAAUCAAAAACCAGACCUUUCAGACUGGGAGUGGUGUAGAAGUAAAUCAGAAAGAACCCCUCGUCAGCGUUCCGGUGGUGCCCUUGCCAUUCCCCUGUGUGCAUUCCAGGGGACUGUGUCUCUCCAGGCGCCUACAGGGAAAACUUUAUCUCUUUCUACCUACGAGGUAAGCACAGAAGGGCAAAAAAUAACCCCGGCCUCUAAGAAAAUAGAAGUCUAUCGAUCCAAAAGUGUUGGCCAUGCACCAAACUCAGAAGAUUCUCCCUCCACAUUUGCGGACACCAGUGUGAAAAUACACCUGGAAGUUCUUGAAAUUUGCGAUAAUGAGGAGGCCUUGGACACUGUGUCAAUCAUUAGCAACAUCAGCCAGUCCUCCACACAAGUCAGAUCUCCAUCCCUACGCUACUCACGGAAAGAAAACAGAUUCGUUUCAUGUGAUUUAGGAGAAACAGCCUCAUACUCCCUCUUUUUACCCACGAGUAAUCCUGAUGGUGAUAUCAACAUCUCCAUUCCAGACACUGUGGAAGCACACAGGCGGAACAGUAAAAGGCAGCAUCAAGAAAGGGAUGGCUACCAGGAGGAAAUCCAGCUGUUAAAUAAAGCUUACAGGAAAAGAGAGGAAGAAAGUAAGCGUACUACUCAGUGA